AGAAGAGUCGUUUACGUUUUUCCCUGAACACUUUUGAUUCAUCAAUCCAUAGGAUCCCAUCAAAUAACUCAGUAUAUUCGGUUCACUGUAAAGAUUUGAAGUGUUUAGCUGUUUCAACGCAGUUCUCAACCAGCAGCACCGGGUGAAUUGGAAAACAGAAAAUAUAUCCUAGGUUGUCGACUAAAAUUUUAUUCGACCUCUGCUACUUAAGAAACAAUGCUGUUAUCUGGAGUUUUGUUCCACUACCUCGGUAGUACAGUUCGUUAACAUGACUAAAGAGUAUGCAACCAUAGAAAUGGACCUGGCCUUUGGUUCUGCCAAGCCGUAUGGAUCCACAAGAAGUAUUGUCAGAAGAAUAGCCUCCAGUCUUCCUUUUAAACCCUGCCCCAGGGUCCAUUUUCAGUUGCACCCUUACACUGAGGAAGCUGGCUUGUUAGCCGGCUCCCAGAGUCAGAGGGGGCUGGUGGCCUCUCUGGCCGAUGUGGGCUGGAUCGACGGGGAGGACGAACAGGAUGGUGGCCUCAACGGAAUGCCCAGGUCAGGGGCUCCUUCAGGACUUGUGUUCCGCUCCCAGCAGUCUCAGCCCAUCAGACGUCCUCUGACUAGGCAGAGGUCAUUACCCAGCCUGGGCCUGGGUGACCUGGACCCCCAGGGCCAGACAACCGUCAACAAUGAGGCCAUCCAGAAGAUCAGUGCUCUGGAGACUGAGCUGGCUAAACUUAGGACCCAGAUAGCACAGAUCGUUCUGGCCCAGGAACAGAACACACGGCCAGCCGCUCCUUCCGCAGGUGUACCUCCGCCUCCCCCUCCCUGUGGUCCUCCUCCUCCUCCCCCCCCGCCCCCUCCCCCUCCCCCCGUUGGUCUCCAGAGGAGCUUCUCAGCUAUUGACCUCAUCAAAGAGCGCCGGGGGAAGAGGCCUGAUGGUCUGCUCACGGUUGUGGAUGAGGGGCCUAGGCAGGCAGAGGUCCCAAGCAUGCUGGAUGUUCUGAAAGACAUUGGAAAAGUCAAACUGCGUUCAGUGAAGAGUCGGUCUGAGGAGGGCAAGGCCAAGGUCUGUGACCCCACAGACGCCGCCUCGCUCAUCGCCGAGGCCCUGAAACGCAAGUUUGCCCACCGCUAUCGCCACGACAGCCAGGAGGAAGACCAGGAAUUCAACCUCCCGGUCCCAGAGGUCAAACCUUGCCCAGAGGCUCCGCUGUUUGGCCAGCACAUGCUGAAGUCCACAGGGAAGAGACGGGUGCUUUAAGGAGCUGUUGAAGACGAGCAAGGAGAGGUCUGGGAGGUCCAGACGAGCGGGGACACUCGAGGGCUUCAUCUCAGCCUUUGUCAGCUGUAUCUGUAGGAAUACAUUCAUCUCUGCCACAGCCGUCGUCAGCCUGCCCACCUGUCCUGUUCACCCUCAGUGCUGCAUCUCAAGACAGCCUCAUCGUUUUUGCACUUUUGAUAACAUACAGUAUCACUGCCCAGUUGGACCAAAAUGUUUUUAUUUGUACUCAGUUGCUUGGUGUGAAAUUUCCUGAAAUUGGAAAAAUUACUGUUCCGAUAGGCCCUCUGUUCAAAAUCUUUGAUGAACAUUUUCUGUGUGAGGUGCAUAAGCCAUACUGUAUACAUUAUGAGGAUGUUGUGGGCCCACACUAUUCACUUUAGUUCACUACAGAAUCCUAAUAGCCUUCCUGGUCUAUCUGUUAAUAUGCUGUAUAUGUGGGAUUAGUGCACAUUAUCUUCUUUGUUGUCCCUUUUGUUAGGAAGGUGUGCUUUUCCUCGGAGCAAGUGUCGGCUCUAAGCUUUGAUCUAACACAGAGGAAAGGAAUCCUUUUCUGACUUUUGGUCCCUAGUGGAGUAAUGUGUAUUUUUGUCUUUGUAGUGUAAUUUAUAAUUUGGGAUACUUAUUUAUGUUUUGGUUUUAGCAAAUCAUUUAUUUUUUAACUGAACGCAGAAAAUGUGAUUGCUCUAACCCAUUGCUGAGUGCAUUAAGAAAAUAGAUGGCAAAAUGUAUUUAUAUUGGAAUUUAGCCUGUUUCUAUUUUAGCUGUGAGAUUUGUAUUGAGAGAACAUAAGACCAGUUUCCAAGCUGAAACCUGCCAGUCUCAAUACCUCAGACCUGAUCGCCGCCUGAUUCCAGGAAACGACCUUGACCUUAAUCUGUAGCAGGUAUACACUGCUUCUUGUCUAACCUUGCCAGUGGUAGAAGUUGUGUUGUCGUUCAACAGUAGAAGCUUUCACCUGUUGUUUGGGGCCUUAACUCUGUCCCACAGUUCAUAGACAAAAACAUUCCAUGAGGGAUGUCACUUAAGUGAUGACCUACGUGUAUUUCUAUCAUUCUGUUGUAAUGAGAUGGUACCUUGGUGCAAAGGGAAAGCUGUUUCAAACAACUCUAACCAUAGUUCCAAUAUCAUAGUUAUGCCAGUAAUACUUGAUGUUUUGAAAACAAAACUGAUAUCCUUGACUAAAAGCAAAUAGCAAAUGUUGAGAACAACCUCAGUGUUUUGUAUCAGUAUGACACUAAUCAUAAGGAUUCCAGCUUGACAGAAGAGGUCAGUGUUUUAUAUAUCAUGGUUAGUUUCCAUUGUUCUGUCAAUGGUGAUUCAAGUGUGCCUUCAAACUACACUGGGACACUACAUUGUUUCUUAUGUUAAAAGUUCUGUACCUGAACUGGAAUCAAAUUCAUUAAUAAAAGAAAAA